CCGAGCGCGCAGCAAACAUCCAUAGAAGGCCUGCGGGGAGCCGCUCGCUCGCCGCCCCCACCCCGCUUUCUUCGCCGCCACCGCCGCCGAGAAGCUGCCCCCCGCGCUGUGCCCUCGUCGCCCUCGAAAUCCGCAGGGGAGAAAGUUUGCGCCGGUGCGCGGGGCAGGUGAGGAGGGGCGUGCCGGCCCCCGCCGACCCCCGGCCCGCCAUGGGCGCCGCGGCCCGCAGCCUGCGGCUGGCGCUCGGCCUGCUGCUCCUGGGGACCCUGCCGCGCGGUGCCGACGCCUGCAGCUGCUCCCCGGUGCACCCGCAACAGGCGUUUUGCAAUGCGGACGUAGUGAUCAGGGCCAAAGCGGUCAGCGAGAAGGAGGUGGACUCUGGGAAUGACAUCUAUGGCAACCCCAUCAAAAGGAUUCAGUACGAGAUCAAGCAGAUCAAGAUGUUCAAAGGACCUGAGAAAGACAUAGAGUUUAUCUACACAGCCCCCUCCUCGGCAGUAUGCGGGGUCUCGCUGGAUGUCGGUGGGAAGAAGGAGUAUCUCAUUGCAGGAAAGGCCGAGGGGGAUGGCAAGAUGCACAUCACCCUCUGUGACUUCAUUGUGCCCUGGGACACCCUGAGCACCACCCAGAAGAAGAGCCUGAACCACAGGUACCAGAUGGGCUGCGAGUGCAAGAUCACCCGCUGCCCCAUGAUCCCAUGCUACAUCUCCUCCCCGGAUGAGUGCCUCUGGAUGGACUGGGUCACAGAGAAGAGCAUCAAUGGGCACCAGGCCAAGUUCUUCGCCUGCAUCAAGAGAAGCGAUGGCUCCUGCGCGUGGUACCGUGGGGCAGCACCCCCUAAGCAGGAGUUUCUGGACAUCGAGGACCCGUAAGAGGCCGACAGCACCCCUGUGGCCGAUUGAGAAGCCUCCAAGGGUUUAGACUGGUCCAGCUCUGACAUCCCUUCCUGGAAACAGCAUGAAUAAAACAGUCAUCCAAAUGGGUCACAUCAGUGUGAUUCUGCCCCUCCCCAUUGUCCUGUUAAAUGUGCUUGUGGGCCAGAGGGAGUGGUGGGCCCAGAUCCCCCUGUACCCUUCCCUGAGGCACCGUGUGUCUCAGUCUUUGAUCCUGGGGUAGGCAGGGGUGGGACACUCAGACUCCCACCCAGGCCUGCUUGGUGCCAUCCCAGAGGCUGGGCAGGCAGCAUUGAGGGUCUCUGUGGCCUGGUGAGGGCAGAGCCUGGAAAUGUGCAUUUUGCAGAAACUUCUGAGGGUCAUUGUAAGACUGUGUAGCAGGCCUACCAGGUCCUUUUCAUCCUGAGAGGGGCAUGUCCCUGAUUUUCUGCAGCAGACACCUCUCUGGCGUAGGGUGGCAGUCCCUGCUCCUUGCAAGUGCCCCUCAUCUCCCCUGGGCCCACCAUGGACCCCAGCACCUGUAACUCCCCCAGGCCCAGAAGCCACCUUGAAACCAGGGGCUCAUUCCUAGAGAAGCUCCACUCAAACGUGUAAAUCUACGAAGUUCCACUAGGAACCUCCCUAGAGACGUGUGGCAAGAGACCCCUGCUGGGCCACAUUUUGACUUCAGCUAAAUCUCUCCAGCUUCCCACCCACACAGUCUCCUCAGCUCCUAGUGGGGAUCUGUGUGGUGUCCUGCAGAGCAGGUGUCUGGGGGUAGAGAGGUUGCUCAGCUGCCCUCAUAGUUCACUCCCAAGCUUCUCCAGUUGAUCUUGCCUCCUUCCCACCAGGCACUGGGACACUGGAUUGAGCCACUGAGCUUUGCUUUCCCCAGGCUGGCACACGGCGUGGCUGGCUGUGUUCCCUGUUUGCACAAACUAAGGAUGGAGAUGCUGGUUUUGCCAUUUCCUGCAGGCUUAGUGGCAUCUCCUUCCAAGACUUGACGGUCACUAAUUUGCUGCGGAUCUCUGCGACUGACAUUAGCUAAGGGGUGGACAGCUUGUGUGACGCUUCCGGUCCUUUCUAGGCCUCCAUGAUGCUGUGGCCCGUUUUGAGAGACAUCCCAGUUUUCUAAAGAUAAAUUCCUAAAUAAUGUGUUAACACAAGUUGUAGGUAUGCCAAGAUAGGCUUCUGUUUCUUAUGUCACAAGGAUCACCCACUUAAAGAUACUUUACAGGGAACGAGGGAACCUACCUGUCCCAGAAAAAUGGUUUUCUGAUGCCAUUACCAUAGGAGUUCACACAGUACCAACAGAGACUCAUUUUACUUUCUACUUGUGUUAUAAUGAUAGACUUCUCUGAGGACACACACACACGCACACGCACACGCACACGCACACACACACUAUGCAAACACACAAAUGAAAUCUGACAGCCUAGGAGUGGCCCUUCUGUAAAACGCUUCCCAGGUCACCAUCCUCUAAGCCUGUUUUAUUCUGCAGCAGCCCCAAAGCAACUGAGGACUCCUGACCCCCGAGUGGCAUGCAGCCCCUAUGCCCACUGGGACCUGGUCAGCACAGGACUUGAUGACUUCCCUUUCCAGGACAGACUGGGAGGCUAUCCAGGAAUCAACUCUUGCCCUGAGGGCAUUUUCAUGCUGUACAGUGAUAGAAAGUUGGUAAGAUGUCAUAAUGGACCAGUCCAUGUGAUUUCAGUAUAUACCACACCACCAGACCCCCCGCCCCAAUCAAUAUAACACCCCACCCUGUUUGCUUCCUGUAUGGUGAUAUCAUAUGUAACAUUUGCUCCUGUUUCUGCUGACUUCUGAAAUGUUUGGGUUUAUUUCGGACAUCCGCUGUGAUCAUUCCCGUGCUGUGUUUUUCAUUACCCUUGGUAGGUGUUAGACUUGCACUUUUGAGACACAGUUACUGCAUCAAGGAAACAUUGGACUCACAGUGGAAGGCGUGACAUGGUAGCUGGCCCGUGACAGUGGCUCCCUUCAAAUCUUCUCUUUAGUCCCUUGACCAGUGUUGCUUUUUCUGCCUCCCAUCUUUUGUUCUCCGGUUCAAAUUAUUACAAAGGAGAGAACCUCUGAGUGGUUUGGUUCUAAAAGGUGGCCUUUAAAUUUGAUCCACACACAUUGGUUUUCUAGCCAUGCUGAGCAGCAGGAGAAAAUAAAAGUCAGAUCAAGAGGAAGUGCUGGUGGUAGCCGAGAGACAGCCACUCAAAGACCUUCCCAGUAAACAAUGGCAGUAUAUAUAUAGUGUAAGAAGGAUCUCUAUUUGGCCUUGUUUAAUUUAUAUUAUAUCCUAAGCACUGCUCUUUCCUCCUAUUCUCGUCAUGCAAGCAACUCUAAAUAUUUAAAAUGAAGUUUACAUUGUAGUUGUUUUAAAAAUCUUUGCUUGAUAAGUUUUAAGAAAUAUGGGACUUUCUGCCAUAAUUUAAAGCCUUGUUGAUUUUGUCUGUUUUUCUUUGGACUUGUUGUGGGGGAAAGCAGUGUGUUCACGCUGAAACAGGACGUCUGAGCCCCCCGCCUGAGCUGGGAACACAGGAGAGUGGUUGGAAAUCAAUAGCAGACUGCGCAUGUCCCUGAUGCUUUGUAUCAUUUUUGAGUGAUUGCUCCGUCAAUGGACAAUAAACCAUAUUAUCAAACAGAA